AUGUUCGCAUGGUCGCCGUCAGACAUGCCUGGUAUCGACCCGAACAUCAUAUGUCACCGACUCCACGUCAACCCUGCCUGCAAACCAGUGGCGCAGAAGAGGCGCAACUUCGCACCCGAGCGGGUCGCCAUCAUCGAAGCCGAGAUUGAUAAACUCCUAGCCGCCGGCUUCAUUGAAGAGGUCUCCUACUCGGAGUGGCUCGCUAAUGUUGUUCUAGUGGCAAAACAAGAGAAGGGAAAGUGGAGAGUUUGCGUCGAUUACACCGACCUCAACAAAGCGUGCCCAAAAGACAACUUCCCAUUGCCAAGAAUCGACCAACUAGUGGAUUCCACUUCUGGCAAUCAGCUACUCAGCUUCAUGGACGCCUACUCCGGCUACAACCAAAUCUUGAUGCACGAGGAUGACAAGGCGAAAACUUCUUUCAUCAUCGAGAGAGGGACCUACUGCUACAAGGUCAUGCCUUUUGGGCUGAAAAACGCCGGAGCAACCUACCAAAGACUGGUGAACAAAAUCUUCAAGGAGCAGAUCGGCAAAAACUAUGGAGGUGUACGUGGACGACAUGCUGGUCAAGGCCCCAAAACGUGCAGAUCACCUCAAAAACCUCGCUGA